GGCUCAAACUGGUCCUCCUGCCUCCACCUCCCACAGGGGUGGGUUCCAGACUUGUGCCACUGUGAGGACCCACUCGCCUGAGACCUACGAGUGCUGGAGCCCAAGCUUCGUCUGGGCGGGGAUGUAGUGGGAGAUGCUGGCUGUUGGGGAACCAGGAUGCUGGCAGUGGGGCAGAUUGUCGCCCCCUUGGGGUGUGUGGCCCAAGUUCUGCAGUCCUCUCCUGCCUGUGGAUGCCCAAGGGGGCGCCCUUGAGAAGCCCAGCCAGCCCUGCUCCUCCGCCCUGGGGCUGCAUGGGUGCUGUCAGCCACAGCCAGGGCUGUUCCCUGGGUGGGCGGCUCUCAGCCCCACGCCCUCCACCCCGCUGCAGCCUGCAUCAUGGGACUCCCGGGUCACGGUGCCUCUCGCAGGGGCAGCGAUCGGUCCAGGGGUCCGCGCGGGUAGGCUCAGCGAAGGCCUCCACUCCGCUGUCACGGAGGUGGCUCGAGCCCCACCCGGCGCGCCUCUGUAGCUGCCUCAUGAAUAUUCAGGACGCUUUGGGCCAAUCAACGCAGGAAAGCGCCCAGCCCCGCAAGAGGGACACUACAGGUCUGGCGGAAGUUGCUUCCGAGAGCGUCGGUCUUCAGGAGAGAGUUCCGGCAGACGUAGAGGUGGUUUUCUUUGGUUCUUGCCUGAGAGUCGCCAUGGCUGCGGUGGAUUCUGAUGUCGAAUCGCUACCGUGUGGGGGUUUCCGCUGCUGCCUCUGCCACGUUACUACAGCCAACCGACCCAGCCUAGAUGCCCACUUGGGAGGCCGGAAGCACCGGCAUCUGGUAGAACUUCGAGCUGCCAGAAAGGCCCAGGGCCUUCGGAGUGUGUUUGUCAGUGGUUUUCCCAGGGAUGUGGAUUCUGCAGAGCUCUUUGAAUACUUCCAGGCAUUUGGACCUGUGGCCAGUGUGGUCAUGGAUAAAGACAAGGGAGUGUUUGCCAUUGUGGAGAUGGGGGACAUGGGCUCCCGGGACGCUGCCCUGGCCCAGCCCCAGCACAGCCUUCGAGGACAGCGCCUGCGUGUGCGGCCUCGCGAGCAGAAGGUGUUCCAGAGCCCGGCCUCCAGGGCCCCCCGUGGUGCAGCCCCCGAGGACAGUGACCAGCUGCUCAGUACGCUGGCUGUGGCCCCAGAUGUGGGCACACAGAUGAUGAAGCUGGUGGCACUGCGGGAACUGUCUGAGGCGGAGCGGCAGCUACGGUGCCUGGUGGUGGCCCUGAUGCAGGAAGUCUUCACAGAGUUCUUCCCUGGCUGUGCAGUCCACCCUUUUGGCUCUUCCACAAAUAGCUUUGAUGUCCACGGCUGUGAUCUUGACCUCUUUCUGGAUCUGCAGGAGCUGGAUGAGCCCCAGCAGGUCCAGAAGUCUCCAAAGUCUCCGUCCUUGGACUCAGCCCUAGCCUCACCCUCGGAUCCUCAAGCCUGCACCCCAGCCUCUCCUGUGGACUCGCGGCCCCCAACGUCUCCCCAAGACUCUGAGGCCCUGGUCUUCGAGACUCUGUCCUCCUUCCUAGCACCCCAGACGCCAGACUCUGCCCUAGCCUCUCCUCAGUCCCUGCCUCCAGCCUCACCACUGCAGGAGGAUAGGGGUGAGGGGGACCCCGGGAAGGCCCUGGGUGUGGCAGAGGCCUUGGGUGGCGAGAAGCCGGCGGGAGCGGCCAUGCUGGAGCUGGUGGGCUCCAUCCUGCGGCGCUGUGUCCCUGGUGUUUACCGCGUCCACAGCGUGCCCUCGGCCCGGCGUCCUGUGGUGAAGUUCUGCCAUCGGCCCUCCGGGCUUCAUGGUGACGUCUCCCUCGGUAACCGGUUGGCCCUGCACAACUCCCAAUUCCUGAGCCUGUGCUCUGAGCUGGAUGUGCGAGUCCGACCCCUCGUGUACACUGUCCGCUGCUGGGCACAGGGCCGAGGGCUGACAGGGAGCGGCCCCCUCCUCAACAACUAUGCUCUGACCCUGCUCGUGGUCUACUUCCUGCAGACCCGGGACCCCCCUGUGUUGCCCACGGUGGCCCAGCUCACCCAGAAAGCAGGUGAGGGGGAGCAGGUAGAAGUGGAUGGCUGGGACUGCAGUUUCCCCAGGGAUGCCUCAAGCCUGGAGCCCAGCACCAACGUGGAGCCCCUGGGUGCUCUGCUGGCCCAGUUCUUCUCCUGUGUCUCCUGCUGGGACCUCCAUGGCUCUCUGCUAUCCCUUCGGGAGGGCAGGGCGCUGCCUGUGGCUGGGGCACAGCCUGCCAUACUCUGGGAGGGUCUGCGUCUAGGCCCCAUGAAUCUCCAGGAUCCCUUUGAGCUGAGUCACAACGUGGCUGCCAACGUGACCGGUCGAGUGGCUGGGAGGCUGCAGAAUUGCUGUCGGGCUGCAGCCAGUUACUGCCGGAGCCUGCAGUAUCAGCGCCGCUCUGCCCGUGGCCGGGACUGGGGGCUGCUGCCGCUGUUGCAGCCAAGCUCCCCUACCUCGCUGCUGGCGGCCACUCCGAUCCCCCUGCCGGUGGUGCCCUUCCCCCAGCUGAGCAUUGCCAUGGUCCAAGUGCUGCGGGACGCACUGGGGUGCCAGGUUGAACAGGGGACAAAGCGGUCACGGCCCAGAGGGUUGGAGGAGUCUGCGCAGGGAGGAGCUGGGAAGAGACUGAAGCUAGAUGGGCACGGAGAGGGCGGCGGGGACGGGGCCCAGGCCCAGGAGCCGUGGGGACAUGCAGGGGACCUCCGCAGAGAAGCAGUGGAGGCGAUGGUCGUGGAGGUUGGCGAGGUGGUGCAGGACUGGGCUAUGUGGGGCCCCGGGCAGCCAGGGAACCCACCGGCGGUGGCAGGCCUGCGUCCCGGCCCCUGCGAGGAGGGGGGUGACACGGGGGCCGAGUGGUUGGCGACUGAGGCCCGCGUGACCCAGGAGCUGGCCAGGCCCGACGGUGGGGAGCAGGGAGCAGGGGCUGAGCCCCUCGUGGCCUUCGUGGUGAGCGCAUCAGAAGCCGACCGGAUGCUCACGGUGACCCCGCUGCGGGAUGCACAGGGUCUGUUCCCUGAGCUGCACCACUUCCUGCAGGGCUUCAUGCCCCAGGCGCUGCGCCAAGCAAUAAAGCAAUGA